CGCCCCUCAGCCGACGUCACCCAGGCUCCGCAUCUGCUGCAGUCGCUGCGGGGAGGAGGCGGCGGCGCGAGCGCGGCAGAGAUGGCGUCGGCUACUGACUCCCGCUAUGGGCAGAAGGAAUCCUCGGACCAGAACUUCGAUUACAUGUUCAAGAUCCUGAUCAUCGGCAACAGCAGCGUGGGCAAAACCUCCUUCCUGUUCCGCUACGCCGACGACUCCUUCACGCCCGCCUUCGUCAGCACCGUGGGCAUCGACUUCAAGGUCAAGACCAUCUACAGGAACGACAAACGCAUCAAGCUGCAGAUCUGGGACACGGCGGGGCAGGAGCGGUACCGCACCAUCACCACCGCCUACUACCGCGGGGCCAUGGGCUUCAUCCUCAUGUACGACAUCACCAACGAGGAGUCCUUCAACGCCGUGCAGGACUGGUCCACCCAGAUCAAGACCUACUCGUGGGACAACGCGCAGGUGCUGCUGGUGGGGAACAAGUGUGACAUGGAGGACGAGCGCGUGGUGUCCUCGGAGAAGGGGCGCCAGCUCGCCGAGCACCUGGGGUUUGAGUUUUUCGAGGCCAGCGCCAAGGACAACAUCAACGUGAAGCAGACCUUCGAGAGGCUGGUGGACAUCAUCUGCGAGAAGAUGUCCGAGUCGCUGGACACGGCCGACCCCGCGGUCACCGGCGCCAAGCAGGGCCCCCAGCUCACGGACCAGCAGGCCCCCCCGCACCAGGACUGUGCCUGCUAGGGGCCAGCCCCCCCAAACCUCCCCCAGAGCCCCCCCAAAAUCCGGUCAGUGCGCCCCAAACCCCCCCCACGAGCUCCUCCUCUUGGGGGUCCCGCGGGGGCUUUUGCUGCUGAUACCUCCGAAAGGGCUGCGGCCCCUCUAGGAGCCCCCACCCCAAUUCAUUAGGCUAUGACCCCCCCCCCCCCCCACACCCCUUAAUUUAUUUUUAAGCCUGGGCUGGUAGAAAACUUCCCCCCUGCCCCCCUCAUUCUGCUUUUAAUCACUGUCAAGAAACCAUCACCCCCAGCCCCAUUUCCCCUGGUGAAACCCACCCACCCUGUCCUGGCACCCCUUGUCCUGGAGACCCCCCUGCCCUUUUUCCUUCUCUGGGACCCCCUUUCCUGGAGACCCCAAUUGCCCUGGAGACCCCUCCCCGUGGCCUGGGACCCUGUCCUGGUACCCCCUGCCCUUUUCCCUGCUCUGGGACCCCGUGGCCUGGAGACCCCUGCCCUGGAGAUGCCCCUGUCCUGGUACCCCCUGCCCUUUUUCCUUAUCUGGAACCCUCUUUCCCAGAGACCCCCUGUGCCCUGGAGACCCCCCUGCCCUUUUCCCUGCUCUGGGACCCCAUGGCCUGGAGACCCCUGCCCUGGAGAUGCCCCUGUCCUGGGACCCCCUGCCCUUUUUCCUUAUCUGGAACCCUCAUUCCUGGAGACCCCCUGUGCCCUGGAGACCCCCCUGCCCUUUUUCCUGCUCUGGGACCCCUGUCCUGGCACCUCUUGCCCUGGAGACCCCCCUGUCCUGAGACCCCCUGCCCUUUUUCCU